GCCCCCACGUUCUCCGCCUUUCCAAAAUGGCGGCGCCCAGGCUAGUCAGCGGCCGGCGGCUGUGGGAGGCCGUGAGGGCCGUCGUUUUCCUCCUCCCUCUCCUCCUCCUCUCCGCGGCCGGGGCGGAGGAGGCCUCCACCGCGGCCGAGUUCGACGUGAGGCCCGGCGGCAUGGUCCACUCCUUCGCCCAAAGCCUGGGAGACUUUACGUGCAGUUUUACUUACGCUGCUCAGGGUGGAACGAACGAGCAAUGGCAGAUGAGCGUUGGGCUGAGUGAAGACAACCUCUUGUUUUCUUGCUCGGUGUGGAGGCCUCAGGGGAAGUCUUAUCUGUUCUUUACGCAGUUCAAAGCCGAAGUGAAAGGAGCAAAGAUUGAGUACGCCAUGGCUUAUUCAGCAGCGGCCACAGGAGGGCAGAGCGAUAUCCCCUUGAAACAGGAAGAGUCCCACGUAACUGAAACAGCAGUGGCUCAUAGGGAAGGCAAGUUCCGGGCCGAGCUCUCGAAACUGGUGGUGGUGGCCAAACCGGCCCACGUCGAACUAUGAACUGUGGACAGAUCCGUCCUGGGCAGACCUCUGGGUCAGCGCCAGCCAUUUCUUAGGGAGCGGGCUGGGGAGUCCUCUUUUCCACCCCCUGAGGCUCCGUCAGAGCAGGAUUUUGGGGGUGAAACUUCUUGGGGAAGAUCACAGCAACGUUGGCCGCCCUAACGGGAAGACCUUUGUUGAAUUUCUUUGAGAGGGGGUUGUUUAGGUGCUGGACUGAUUCCCCUCCGUUGGGGAGGGGGCAAACCUGUUUCCUUGGUGUCCGUGUUUUGAAACCUAUGCCGAGCUAAUGGUUGAGCAGAAGGGGAACAUGGCAGGGAAUUGAUUUUUCUCAAGCUGUAUGUUUUUGUAUUGAUUGCACACCCAUUUCUACCUAUGCUUUACACAAAAACGUUCCUGAGAAAUGUCUUCGACCAACAUAUUUAUCUCAUUCCACCCCACUUCCGGUCUGUAAAUUUGUUGAGAGCGAAGUGAUUUCUUGAAUUUCCAAGAAAUUCUUAAGGGUUGACCCACCUUGGCGGUGGGACACAUCUUAUCUCAACAGAGUCUUCUCUGCUUUCCUAGCCGCAGAGGAAGUAAUGGUAUGAAUAAAUUGAGUCUGCCUCUUGAAAA